AUGCCUUCAGAAGAUUCAAAACCGGUGAAGAAAGUGGAAGUUCAAGAUGAAGAUGAAGAACAGAGCAUAGCAUCAGCUUUUGGAAACCGCAAGAAGAAAUCAGCCAAUAACAACAAUGACACCCCAAAAUCCCAGAAUAAAGUCAAAAAAGAAGAAAAAAAACUGAAAAAAGAACAAGAUAAUGACGAAUUUGAGGAGCCCAUCUCGAAAAAGACAACCAAGAAAGCUGACAGCAAGGGACAGCAAAAGAAGAAGAAAAAUGAAGACGAGGAGAAGAAAAGGGAGGCCAAAGCAAGUGACAAAGAUGCUAAGAAAAGGGAAAGGAAAGUGUAUGAUUUGCCUGGUCAAAAGAGAGAUUCUCCCGAGGAAAGAGACCCAUUGAGAAUUUUCUACGAGACUCUGUAUAAUCAAGUGCCCUCUAGUGAGAUGGCCGCAAUUUGGAUGAUGGAGUCUGGUUUACUUCCAAAGGAGGAGGCGAAGAAAGUUUUCGAGAAAAAACAGAAAAAGGCCCGGCAGCAAAGGCUCAGUUCUCCAAUGAAGUCUGUCGUCACAGUUAAGAAGAAAGCUGAAUCAGUCACUGUUAAGAAAAAAUCAUCAACAUCUCCCGUCUCAACACAGAAAAAGAAGACACCCGAUUCUAAAGCUGCUUCAAAGCAGUCAAAGAAGCGCAAGAGCCACGAUGGCUCUUCUGAAGAUGACUGGGACGAUGACUUGGAUGCUAAAAAAUCAAAGAAACAGAGAGCAUCUUAG